AAAACGCUGCCCUUUGUCUGUGUGGAUGAAUCUUUGGAAUUGAUUAUCAAUGUGUUUGCUUGAGUAUGUUUAUGAUGGCGGAGAAGAAGCGGGUCAGUAAUGAGACACUGUGGCCCACUGAAUUUUUUUUUUUCCUGGAAGAGCGUGUUAAAGCAUGCCUCAGCUUUUCAGCAGUAUGAAGGGGGUCAGGGAAGCAGGCCGAAGGUUCCCGAGUUAAUCUUGUAACUCCUGAGUUAGCUUGGCCCCCGGACUCGUAAACACCUCGGCUGAGGAGGUCACACGUCACGAGAGAGCAUGCCGCCUCGCUCCGGCCAGCUGUGAAUCAUUAGUGCUGCCCGUGUGUUGGGAAAAGGCCAGAGCAGAGGACACUUGAGAAUUGCUGAGAAGAUGCCCUGUCUUCACUGGGUCCACACGUCUGCAGCAGAGGGAUCUCCAUGACUGGCGAGCGUGCUAGAAGCAAGGUGUGAAAAGUGUGUGUAAUUGUGUGUGUGUGUGUGUGUAUGGUGUUUGUGGGGGUGUGCAUGAGGAGUGUGCUUGGGACUUGCUGCUAAGGACGAGGAGGACCCGGAGGUGGAUGCUGCUUCCAUGGCUCAGGAAAGGAAGAAGAAGGCAGGAGUGCUUCCUCCAGACGGAGGCUGGGGGUGGAUGAUCGUGGCUGGCUGUUUUGUGGUCACAGUCUGCACACGUGCCGUGACUAGAUGCAUCUCCAUCUUUUUCGUUGAAUUUCAAAUGCACUUUGCACGCGAUUACUCUGGAACAGCAUGGAUCCAUUCACUUGUAGACUGCACCACCAUGCUCUGUGCUCCACUCGGCAGCCUGAUUGGGAAUCAUCUGUCGUGUCGAGUGGCAGUGAUUCUGGGAGGAUUUCUGGCCUCUAUUGGUUUAGUGCUCAGCUCCUUUGCCACCAGUUUGGAAUACCUCUACCUCUCUCUGGGGGUCUUAACAGGGCUGGGCUUUGCCCUCUGUUACACACCGGCCAUUGCUAUGGUUGGAAUUUAUUUCUGUGAGCGGAAGUCGUUGGCGUAUGGCAUCGCCAUGUCUGGCAGUGGCAUUGGGACCUUCAUCCUGGCACCUGUGGUGCAGAUGCUCAUCGAGCACUACUCAUGGCGAGGGGCCCUGCUUAUCUUAGGAGGCCUGGUGUCCAACCUGUGUGUGUGUGGAGCUCUGUUACGGCCCAUCACUCUAAAGGAGGAGGAAGCCUGCCCCCUGCCUGUGGACUCUGAGUGUGGCUACAGCACCAAGCCUCUGGUGGCCAUCAGCCCAGCGGAGGAGAAGCAGCUGGAGGCCGAGAGAAGCAAACAGCAGAGAGACAGUAAGCAGCGCUGCCUGCAGUCCAUGCAGGAGUACCAUUUCCUGCUCAUGCCCGACUUCCUGGUGCUGGCCGGCUCCUUCUUGUUCCUGGCCAGUGGCUGCAGCCUGCCGUUUGUUUACCUCGUGCCCUACGCGCUGGACGUGGGGGUCAGUCACCACCACGCCGCCUUCCUGAUGUCCAUACUGGGAGUCAUUGACAUUGUUGGCAACAUCACGUUUGGCUGGCUCACUGACAGGAGGUGCCUGAAGAAAUACAGGGGCAUUUGUUAUAUGGUUGCUGUGGGAAUGGAGGGUCUCUGCUGCUUCCUCAUCCCUCUUCUUCAUACAUUCGCCCUGCUGGUGCCUUUCUCUGUGCUCUACGGCUAUUUUGAUGGUGCUUACGUGGCCCUGAUACCUGUGGUGACGUCAGAUGUGGUGGGGACGACGUACCUCUCCUCAGCUCUCGGGGUGGUUUACUUCCUACAUGCUAUUCCAUACCUGGUUAGCCCACCUAUUGGAGGCUGGUUGGUGGACACCACGGGGACCUACACAGCUACGUUCUUCCUGAGCGGCUUCGCCCUCCUCUCCAGCGCUCUCCUGCUGUGCACCGCCAACAUCAUCCGCCACUACCAGAGAGUUCAGCGAAACAGAAGUAAAAAGCCCACACUGGAACAAUGUGAAGCCCAACAGGCAGACUUUUAUACAACCAAAAAUAAGGACUUAUUGAUCAUUAACACGGCCACCUCAUAGUGUCAGUCGUAAUGUUUGUGUUUUCUAUUUCUCUACACUUAUUUUUGUAAAAAAAAAACUUAAGUAAAUAAAUAAUCAGGUAUGUGAACUGCUGUAGUAAAAAACUGUAGCAUCACCAGCACACUUUAACUGUCUGUUCACUUAAUGUGCCUUUUCUGUUUAGCUGUCUAUCUGUUUAUCUGUCACGGCUUUCAAAUGAAAAGCUCAAUACAAAAAAGGUGAGUUAAAGCUGGUGCAUAUUGCAUCAAACCUUGUGUUGAAAGUAUCUUGUUUAUUAUGUGUCAAUUCCAUUUUUUACCCACAAGAAUAUGCUUUAUUACAGAUUUACUCUAUGUCUAAUGAACUGUUUAAAAUAACGUCACAUUUGUCAGUGGAACAGUGUUAGACGUCUUUAAAAAAAAGGGGAUUUUACGUUGAUAUGAGAUCAGCUGUACAUUUUUUCUUAUAGCAGCUGAGAAAGGUUAAAAUACAGUCACAUGAAAAUGGUCUUAAUUCCAACUAGUAAAAAACUCCACAGCCAGAAGAGGGCAGUGUUUAGUUCAGUUCCGUCAUGAAUCAGUGUUUGAUGUUUAUCAAAGAUAUUGUCCAAAUACAAAUGGCAGUGGCUGGUUGUCAUCUGUAAUUCAUGAAAGAUUAAACAGUAAGGUGGUAAAUAUGUUUACAGUCAGGUAGAUAAUGAAUUCUAAUUGUUUUGUAAUGUUUUGUUUAGCAAACCAGUUUAGAGGAUGUUUAUACUGAUAGGUGCUAUGAAUGUUUUAAAAUUAACUUUUAUUUGUGUUUAAAUAAAGUUCACAUUGGUUAAAAAA